GCCUGCGGACGUCGCGGCGCGGCCUUGGGGCCGGAAGGCUGGCGCCGGGGGCAGCCUGGCCUCGGAGCGCGCUGUCGGUCCUCUCCCGGCGCCUUGGCUGAGCGGAGUCGCAAGGCUCGCCUUGUUCGGCGGCCCGGCACACUGGAGCGGUGAGUCGGCCUCGGUCGCCUCCUCCCCGCGGCGCAGGCCUCUUCCAGCAGAGCACUUGAUAAUUAAGUUACAAUGAGUCUGCUAAACUGUGAAAACAGCUGUGGAUCUGGCCAGUCUGAAAGUGACUGCUGUGCGGCCAUGGCCAGCUCUUGCAGUGCUGCAGCCAAAGAUGACAGUGUGAGUGGGACUGCCAGCACGGGGAACCUUUCUGGCUCGUUUGUGGAAGACAUCCAGGGAUAUGAUGUGGAGUUCGACCCACCCCUGGAAAGCAAGUAUGAAUGCCCCAUCUGCUUAAUGGCGUUACGGGAAGCAGUGCAGACCCCAUGCGGCCAUAGGUUCUGCAAAGCCUGCAUCAUCAAAUCAAUAAGGGAUGCAGGCCACAAAUGUCCAGUUGACAAUGAAAUACUGUUGGAAAAUCAGCUAUUUCCUGACAAUUUUGCAAAGCGAGAGAUUCUUUCUCUGACAGUGAAGUGUCCAAAUGAAGGUUGUUUGCACAAGAUGGAACUGAGGCAUCUUGAGGAUCAUCAAGCACAUUGUGGGUUUGCUCUUGUGAAUUGUCCUCAAUGCCAACGUCCUUUCCAGAAAUGCCAAAUUAAUACUCACAUCCUCAAGGAUUGUCCAAGGAGACAAGUUUCUUGUAUAAAUUGUGCAGUAUCCAUGGCAUUUGAAGAUAAAGAGAUCCAUGACCAGAACUGUCCUUUGGCAAAUGUCAUUUGUGAAUACUGCAAUACCAUGCUCAUCAGAGAACAGAUGCCUAAUCAUUAUGAUCUAGACUGCCCUACCGCUCCAAUUCCAUGUACAUUCAGUACUUUUGGCUGCCAUGAAAAGAUGCAGAGGAAUCACUUGGCACGCCACCUACAAGAGAAAACCCAGUUGCACAUGAGAAUGUUGGCCCAAGCUGUUCAUAGUUUGAACCUUGCUUUAACUCCCAUACCUCCACGUGAUGUGCCCCAGUAUGAUGUUCCUUCUCAGCCACGGGUUCCCUCUGGGUAUCCAGAGGGCCACAACUUCCAGGAAACUAUUCAGCAAUUAGAGGGUCGCCUUGUAAGACAAGAUCAUCAAAUUAGGGAGCUGACUGCAAAAAUGGAAACUCAGAGCAUGUACGUAAGUGAGCUCAAAAGAACUAUUCGAACCCUUGAGGACAAAGUUGCUGAAAUUGAAGCACAACAGUGUAAUGGAAUUUACAUCUGGAAGAUUGGCAACUUUGGGAUGCAUUUAAAAUCUCAAGAAGAGGAGAAACCUGUUGUUAUUCAUAGCCCUGGAUUCUACACGGGCAAACCCGGAUACAAACUCUGCAUGCGCUUGCACCUUCAGUUACCAACUGCUCAGCGCUGUGCAAACUAUAUAUCCCUCUUUGUCCAUACAAUGCAAGGAGAGUAUGACAGCCACCUUCCUUGGCCCUUCCAGGGUACAAUACGCCUUACAAUUCUUGAUCAGUCUGAAGCACCCAUAAGGCAAAACCAUGAAGAGAUAAUGGAUGCCAAACCAGAGUUGCUUGCCUUCCAGCGGCCCACAAUUCCACGGAACCCAAAAGGUUUUGGCUAUGUAACUUUUAUGCACCUUGAAGCCUUACGACAAAGAACCUUUAUAAAGGAUGAUACGUUAUUAGUGCGCUGUGAAGUCUCCACCCGCUUCGACAUGGGUAGCCUUCGGAGGGAGGGUUUUCAGCCACGAAGUACUGAUGCAGGGGUAUAACAACUUCUCAUUGGUUCAAAACAACUGUCUGAAGAAAAUAGUGCCUUUCCUUGCUCUGUUCUCAAACACGUCAAGCAGAAAAAAAGGGGAGGGGGAGACAGUGGGAAAGAUGUAAUGCCCACCAGUGAAUGUUGUUAGAAAGGUCACUUUCCACUUCCGAUACAAGCGUCUGAGGCAGUUUUUCCUCGGGAAUCUACGCUUUCAGGUAGAUUCCAUCCGAAGUGCCUGUGGCAUGUGGCCGCAGCUGUUCGGUCAGUCAGUAUACCUCUCUUGUACUUUCAUGGGCUUUUUCUCCAGUGUCUUUCAUGUCAAAAAGUCCACAGUUAGAUUGCUGAAACUCAAAUAUUUAGUAACAGUGGACUUUCCUUAAAACUCGAGCUUAUUUUUAUGGUGUUAUAUGUAAUAUAUUAAACAUGAGAAUCACUACUGCCUUGUGCUAGUGCCAGCAAGAAGAGUAACUGCUCUGGAGAGUUGAGUUCUCAUUUUAAUUGACCUCCUAUAGAUUUCAGAGGAUUUGAACCAAAAUCCUUGGAAAGCUUAAGUUCUCAUUUUCCCCCAUCCGAGGUGUCAACUGAGGAUAUUCAGGGACUAGUUUAAAACCCUAAAUACAACCUUACUUAUUUAGUGUAACAUGUUAUCACUUGUUUAAGUGUUCUAUUCUGCCUUGCUUAUGUUUCCUUGAGACCACAAAGUAGCAUUUUCUCUAGGGUUUGUAACGUUGAGAACCAGCAAAUAUGAGCUGCUCAGGUUGUGUUCCUUGAACCCCUUGGUCUGUUUAGUGCAGAGUGAAUUCCACAGCCUAGUACGUGUCUUCUGUUUUUACACGCACAGUCACCAACGUAAAAAUGAAGUGAUUCAGCAUUGCUGGUGACAGAAGCUAGAUGCACAGAAAUUUUUCUGCUGUUUUGAAUACUCUCUGGUUUAGUUCAAUAGACCAAAAUAAAUUGAUUUCCUGAAAAGAUAA